UGAUAUAUACCGAAAUCCCCGCACCUGUUUCUCGAGUCGCACGGAAGUGAAAAGAGAUAAACAAUAAAUUUCCCGAGACUAGGGUUCUUGCAAACAAUGCACUUGCCUAAACUGGUGAAUCGUCUUCGAGGCUGCAGCAACACCUGCGAGAAAUUUCUUAUCAGACUGUAUGUCGUGACAGAAGUCUGCGAAUAAGGCAUGGUGCGCUACGCCAACUCGAGAUCUCCUUUAGAGAGGAUUAAAUUGUAGAGUCGUAUCGAGCGAGUAAUUGUCAUUCGUCAGAGAUUUGUGCAUCCGAACGUACCCUUGAUAUCGUCACAUCAAUGCACUCCAGUGUUCAUUCUUAUUUCUAUCGAAGAAUUACAUAAUAUACGUGCAUGAGUCACAGGGUGAAUAGGUGGGACGUGCAAACGUCAAAAUCGUGCUUCAGCGAUUUUCUUGCAUUUUAGCUUGGAUCCGAUCAAGGAACACUAACAAGGAAUUUACAAUGAACAAGAAACUUUCCAGUAAACGAAAAGAAUACCACUGAGAAAUGGCAAUUUUCAGAUUGAAAAUACUGAAGUGUAGACGGAUGAUUUCAUAGCUGUGGAAACUGUCAUCGUCUGAUUAUAGUGGCAAUCAGGUAUUUCUUAAUCGAACAAAGUAGCUGUCCCUAUUGCAUUUAUUACUGAAAAAUGCCAGCACCACCUCCACCUCUCUCAAGUUUGCCAGAGGCACCUAUGUGUGAAAAAACUGAAGUAAGCGAUGCGGAUUCCCUGCCUCCUUGGGCCAAAAUUACCCUUACAUCUGCAGAGGCAGAAAUUGAGAAGCUGAUAGCCCGAAAUGAAUUGAAGGAUGCUGAAGUAACAUAUUUUUGUCAAGUUGAACCAAUCCUGCAAGAUGGUCCACAAUGCGGUCUGGUGGCACUUGCCAUGGCAUCACAGGAAUACACAAAACCUGUUUCUGUGAGUCAGCUUCUAGCAGAGGCACGUGUAAGGGGUUUCACGCAACACGGAGAAGUAUACAGUGUUGAUUUUAUGGGCACACUAGCAGCAGAAUAUUUACCUGACCAUAGACCAGAUAUUUUAGUAGAUCUACAACAAUGCCCAGAUACGUUAACGCAUGCAUUGGCUCAUGGAGCAAUGGUACUAAUUCCAUACGAUUCUGAUUUCAAUCAUGCUCCAUGUUUAAAAAGAGGCCAUAAAGCUCAUUGGGCAUUACUUGUCGGUCUAAUUUCAUCUAGACAAGGAUAUCACGUCCUAGCACGUCAUGGAAAAUCACGUCAUUUAGCUUGUUGGCCGCUGCGCGAUUUAAUCGAGAGCAAUGGAAACCUGGAAGAGGAAGGAACAGCUAGACACGCCGGAGGAUACGUGAUACCAAAGGGAGGAGUCGGAGGGCAGAGAGGUUUACGUGGUAGGGCAUUGGCAUUACAUCCAUACAUAUAAAAAUUGUGUACAAGAAUUGUAGGUAAUUAAUAUCACAGGGAAAGACAGAAAUUAUUAUUAAUAAUUAAUAUUACUAUAUCCGCAUUAUGGCAUAUGGUAAAUAUUCAAAGGCAUAACGUUUGCACAGCUGCUACGGAAUUUAAUUAUCUGUAAAAUUGUGACGCUUUUAAGUGACAUGUGUUUCAAUUCGCAAUGCAUUUUUAGUCAACGUUCAUCGACUGGGGAGGUAUCCAAAUAUUUGUUAUCAAGCAUAAUGAUAACAAUUAACGACAUUUCAUUCUUUAAACUCUGACAUGUAAUGUAAAUAAUAAUUUCGUAUAUCUAACUUACAUACAUGCAAGCGAACUGUUUGAAAAUUGUUUCGUAUUUCAAAUAUCAAGCUCUUCCUGUGAUGCGAAACGUAUGUUAAUCUGAAAGAUGGGCAUCUACACGUGCACGAAGGAAUAAAUGCGCAGUAAAGAAAAAGAAAGAGGUCUAUGAAAAAUAUCUGCAUAAAAUAAAUAUCAAAGUGUACUAGAUAGGUAUUUAACCGUAAUUAAAUGGAACGAAAAGAUCUAAGUAUAUUUAUUUAGCGAGAAAAUGUUAGGUAUUCGAUUAAGUAAUUACAUAGAUAUUCGUUUUAUGUUCGCAUUGUGAAUAAAGACUAAAUUUAUCGUGUAGUCUCGCAAUUGCAUUUGAUGGCAAUACAACUUAAUAAUCAUGCAUUGUAUAAACUUGAGCGUAUUGAUUUUAAGAUGUGUAAAUUGAUUUAUAUACUUAAUUGUUCAUUCAAACAGUAGAUCGUUUAAUAAAAACUUGUACAUUCGUUACAUAUCAGUUAUAAUAAUUUAUAAAUUAGAAGUCGAUCAAGGGAUAAUAUUAUAACUGAAGAAUUAGUUAUACCAUUAUCUGCCACUUAUACUAAUUGUUUCAAAAUUAAAAAUUCAUAUUAAAUACAUAAUCGCUCCGUAACGCGUCUUGAUAGCAAUACGCUUUCAAAUUCAAUUUUUAAUAUGCUUGUUUCAUUAUUAUGUAUUUAUCAAUAUUUAAAUACAACCAAUAUUUGUUACAUCGAUACGUACGAUUCGAAUAAAAACUAAAAAGCAUGAAAAUAUUUUGCGACUGGCUGAUCUGUCUUCAGCUAUGCGGUAUCUAAGUGUAUUAUAUCAGAUUCUUCGAGUAAGUUGCGUCAAGGCAUAUUCGAAAGAGAUGUUAUAAAUUAGUAGACUUGGUGGUAUUUAAUCGGACGCAAUAGAAGAACAUCGUUCAAGAAUAAGGAAAUAAAAAAUUGUACCCAAGUGCCGCAAAGAGUACGAGGUUCAUUUAUUUAAGACAAGGAGUCGAAUAAUUAAUAAUAUGUAAUUGUAUACCGUGCCUAUUCUUGCACGAAGUUUAUCUCUCUAUUAAUUUAUUGUCAAUCAAAAUACUCUAUAAAAAAACGAAAGAUAUAUAUCUAUGCACGUAUGAUUUUUCGUUUCGGUGUAAAUCAAAAAAUCCUGCUAAAGACAUAAAAUCGUAGAAAAUGAAAUGACGAGCGUCAAACGUCUUCCGUUACUUACCACGAUACGAUCCUUUCAAUUAGGGAAACCGUUUUACGCUUUAUUUUCGUAUUUAUGUAUAUUUCAAUAAAUACCUUAUUAGCGAUAACAGUUUAUACUCUAAAUUUCCAAAGGUUUUGUUAUGUGUGCUACAAUAUAUGUACACACAUACAGAAUUGUAUUGUAUCGCAUGUGAUGAAAAGUGCGACAAAACGGGUCGAACAAAACGUGUAUCGUGUUACGUUGUAAGAGAUUAAUAAUGUGAUCAUUGUUAACAAUUGUUUCAUUUCUGUACGCGUAUUUUACUUUAUUUGUUGUCGGUAUUUAGCUUUAAACGUGAUACAAAUACAAAGAGAUGUUAUAAUUUA